AUGUAUGGAAAUAAUAACAAAAAGUCUCUCAACAUCUCGAGUAUGUUCCAAAACUUAAUCCCGGAAGCCGACAUUUUCUCCCGACGCUGCAUUUGGGUCAACGGUCCGGUCAUCGUCGGAGCUGGCCCAUCGGGCUUAGCAGUCGCUGCGGGCUUAAAACGUGAAGGAGUACCUUUUAUAAUCCUCGAGCGAGCCAACUGUAUUGCUUCUCUGUGGCAAAACAGAACGUACGAUCGUCUCAAACUCCAUCUCCCGAAACAGUUUUGCCAAUUACCUAAUUUUCCCUUCCCGGAGGAUUACCCCGAAUACCCUACCAAGUUUCAGUUUAUUCAGUACCUUGAGGACUACGCAACCAACUUCGACAUCAACCCUAAGUACAACGAGACAGUCCAGUCAGCGAAGUACGACGAGACGUUCGGACUGUGGCGGGUUAAGACCAUUUCGAAGAGCGGGCAGUUUGGUUCUUGCGAGUUUGAAUAUAUCUGCAGGUGGCUUGUGGUGGCUACGGGUGAAAAUGCUGAGAAAGUUGUGCCGGAUUUUGAAGGUCUAGAGGACUUUGGCGGAGAUGUUCUUCACGCCGGAGAUUAUAAAUCCGGUGGAAGGUACCAGGGGAAGAAAGUUUUGGUCGUCGGAUGCGGAAACUCCGGUAUGGAAGUCUCUCUAGAUCUCUACAAUCAUGGAGCAAACCCAUCAAUGGUCGUUCGUAGCUCUGUCCAUGUGUUACCAAGGGAGAUUUUUGGGAAAUCAACGUUUGAAUUAGGAGUUACGAUGAUGAAAUGGAUGCCAGUUUGGCUCGCGGACAAGACUUUGCUCCUUCUUGCAAGGAUGAUUCUGGGGAAUACCGAUAAAUACGGCCUAAAAAGGCCGAAAAUGGGACCGUUGGAGCUAAAGAACAAGGAAGGCAAAACGCCGGUUCUUGACAUCGGAGCAUUACCCAAAAUCAGAUCGGGAAAGAUCAAAAUCGUCCCUGGAAUCAUAAAAUUCGGUAAAGGAAAAGUUGAGCUAGUCGAUGGCCGUGUUCUUGAGAUUGAUUCCGUUAUUCUAGCGACUGGGUACAGAAGCAACGUCCCUUCAUGGCUUAAGGACAAUGACUUCUUUUCCGAUGAUGGGAUACCGAAAAACCCGUUUCCAAACGGAUGGAAAGGAGAGGCAGGAUUGUAUGCGGUCGGGUUCACAAGAAAAGGAUUGUUCGGCGCGUCGCUGGACGCGAUGAGUGUGGCUCAUGAUAUCGCUACUAGGUGGAAAGAAGAAUCUAAGCAACAGAAGAAAACUGCUGCAGCUCGUCAUCGUCGGUGUAUCUCACAUUUCUGA